AACACCGUAUAAUUUUUUACUGUAAAAAAAAAAAAAUUCUCUUCGUUCUUUUCAUCAAUCGUAAAAAUAGGAUCAAUCAUCAAAUAUUCUAUCCGUAAUAUUAAAUAUUUGCUGGACAUUUUCGUAUCGAUUUGUCUCCAAGGCAUCCAUCAAUCCUGACGAAACGGCUCGAUCGUGAAACGAGGAGCCUCGAAAAUUUCUUGGCAAGCCUCGCCAAGUCGAACUUUCUAGUCCCGAUCGAGCACGAUAGACAGUCAUUCCAGAAACCGGAACAGGGAUGGAUAAACUCGAACGAAAACUAAAAACUUCGAUUCCGUCAAAGGAAACGUACAAAACGCAAAGAUAUUUCGUAAACAAACGUUAACAAUCUUAAUUUAGAGACUUUAUUCAAGAAAUAACGAUGACGAGCCUUAAAAAAGAGAAGAAAAAUGAUUCGCGUGAUCAUCAGAGAAUAAUAUCACUUUUUUAAUUACUUUGAGUACAACUUAAAUUACGUCCAUCCAGCUUCGAAUUAAUUAAUUGAUUAGAAUGUAAAACAAGAAGAGCAAAAUUUUAAGAUGGAAACGAGGAGAAGAGUUAUUCCAUCGGUAUUGCCCAUCCCUGGGCCAAGGAUUCGACGUGGCCGAGUUCCGGGGGCGAAAGUUUCGCGUUUAAAUCCUGCCGCAACGAUUGAAGAGUGACUUGGUGGCGGGCGAAGAAGAAGGCGGGCAAGAAAGAGACGAACGAGAGAAAAAUGGAUUUGAAUGAUCGCCGAUGCCAUGGCAACACCGGACAACAAGCUGUCAGAUGAUAGACACGUUCCCGGGAAAUCGAGUGAUCCAGUUGCAGUUGAUGCCUUCGUGGAACAAUAUCGAGCGAUUGGCUCGUCUUUAACGUUAACAGAAGGCGAAUAAUUGAGAGGAGAAACUUGGGGAAAUAAGAAAGGAGGAGAAAGGAAAAGUGGAAGAGUAUAAAAUGAUAAUAAAUAAAAGACUUUCAAAUAUGCGUUACAAAACAACAUUUUAAUUAUUAUUAUCGUUAUUAUUAAUAUAUAAUAAUAGAAAUAAGAAAUUUCAUUGUACGUCGAUAUUUAUCAUUUUUCCAGUCAAAUAUCGGAUAAAUAUUCACGAAAGAGUAUUGAAGAGGAUUUUCUAAAAUCCUGAAAAGUCCUUCCAAAUAUCAAGAAAGAAUCGAAACUUACAUACUCGAUGUUUCGUGUCGCAAAUUUAGAUUAAUUCCCAACUAGAUAUUGAUCGAGGAGGUAUUAAUUUCAAAGAUCGGAAAAAACCUUGGAGCUUUUCCGCGAACGAAGGAAAAUAAAGAUGAAAUGAAAGAAGAGUGGGAGGGGGGGUUAAGUACGUAGUGUCUCGCCUUACACGACCGAUAGGAAAUUAGGGGGGCGGUGCGAGUUAACGUACGUGAGUGAGUUCGACUACCCUUCGCAUUCCAACAACGGUGUGCCGCGACCAAAGUGUCGGUGUGGUAGUCUCGAGCGUCGUUCGAAUUAAAGGAAGCAAUAUAUCGUUCAACCACCCUUUGGCCGAGUGGAGGGUGGAAACGGUAACGGUGUUAGUGGCCGAGCACUGCACACCGAUUACCGGCGGUGGUGGGUAACGCCAAGUGGGUAUAUAAAUCGGUGAAAUGGCAGUGGUGGUGAACGAUCGUGUCAGGGGGCAAUGGAUGGAAGUUAGUCAGUCGGCGCUUGCUCGCGCUGCAACCACGAUGGAAGUUCAUCCAUCCUGUUUACGUAUUCCACCCCUUUCCAAUCUCGAAUCUUAAACUCGUCGUAAAAAUCUGUGUUUUCAUUUCAUCGUAACGAAGCCUCGAUGGCGAUCGAGAAAUGUCAGGAUCCGAAAAAUCGAUCAGACCAAUCAGGCAAUUGUCCUUGCAACCACCUGCGCCCCGUCGUCAGCAAGUUAGACGGCAAAGAUCCGCGGAGGAUGAGAAAUCAUUGCAGAUCUGCGCGAGUCCAUUCGCACGUGGCAAGCGUGGAACUUGUAAAGGCUCUGAGAGACCUAAGGUUCGCGUUGCCUGGAGGGAAACGCGGCAAAAGAAUGAAGAGGAACUGGGGCAAGUCGAGGUGGUGGCUCGCCAAAUUCCAGGACGAUCGAAAUCUACCAGUGGAAGAUCGAGGGGGAUCGAGAAAUCGAUUCUUUACUCUAGAUUGGAAUUAGCCGAGAGGUUGAGGCUCGCUUGGCAAAAUCGAGAGAAGAACAAAGCUAAUAUCAAUAUCUUCUUGGCUCGUGAAACUUUGGACGAGAGAUGUGACUCCGAAAUAUCGAACGGCACCGCUCCAUCGUCUCCUGUGCGAAUAAACGACGAAUCCAAGAUCGAGACUCCUCUGGAUAAUAAUUAUAAAACGAUACGAGACGAAGAUCGGGAGAAAGAAGACGAGAAAGUUGUUAGAAAAUUGGGAAACAAUGAUGCGACAACUUCAGGAAGAAUUGACGACAAACUGCAUGUUAAUUUUCUACCUUUGGAGAAGAACAAAGUUUCCGUGCAGGCGAAGAGCAAAGAACGGGAGAAGGUUGAUACGGAAAAGGAGCGGGUAAACGAGCAAAUAUCGAGGAAUUCAAGCGUCGACGAGUACGUUUCUAUUAAGAAAAAACAGGCUUCCGACUGUUCGAAUCAUCGAGGCACGUCUACGUCAUUACCAUCGAUCAAGAUAGAAAAUUCCACUUUGGCAAUCGCGAAGACCUCGAGGGAAGAUUUCUCAUCGGCUAAGCAAAAGCGUGCAAGUUUUCAUAGCGGCACUAACCGAGCCUUCCUCGACCCGAUCAGAUCGGAGAUCAAAUGGAGCUCGGAGAAAAAUUCGUUUCAGAAAUCAUCGAUCGACAAUCGCGUCACGAUCGUCGAAAAGAAUUUUUCAAAGCAAACGAUCGGGAAUAAAGAGAACGAUACAGCGGACGAGAAAAAUACGCCCAGAGAAAAUAAUUCUCCGUACGACUCGAUUACGAACGAGAAAGACGGGAUGGAAAAGAUAGCCGUGGUCGAUAAAUCGAAUUGCGUAGAUAAUAAAAAUGCGCAGAUAAAAACAGUGAUCGAAAAUAGAGAUAAUUUGCAAGAUGAUAAAACGAUAACGCCAAGGGAGAUGGAUCGAUCCGAUUCGACUUGUAGAAAAAUCUCGUCUACGAAUGACGUGCAAGUAUCAUCGAGAAGUAUCAUCGAGAACAAAGAUGAUUCUACGAUCGAUAAAUCUUCGUCUUCGAGGAAUUUUAACUCGAUGAACGAUAAAAAUCCGCCGAUAAAGAAAACGGUGGAGAAUCAAAAGAUCGAGCAGAAAUCAAGGAGGACUAAUUCUGCGCCGCCGCAACGGCGUUUCGAAUCAAUUUCGCCUAAUAAUAAUCGGGUUCACGUUAAUAUUGGGAUUGACUCGAUGAGAAAGAACCGUAAUCAAAAAGAUCAAGAUGUGGAUUGUAAAUAUAACACGAUGGAAAAGACAGAUACGGCUGUAACAAAGAUAUCGUCGAGUCGAGGUGUGAGAUCGGCACCGUUAAAGAGACGAUCCAGAAGUGCAAAAAGACGUUUUUGCGGCGGAGGUACGUCGAAAAAUGAGGAGGAUGGAAAAUCACGGAAUAGAUCCGGCACUCGUGCCGGAAAGAAUUCGAUCGAUUCAAGAACAAUGGACAUCGUUACGAUGGUAUCCCUUGUUAGUUCUGCGGACAGCGAUAGCGAUAUCGAAAAUUCAUUCAGGGAUGAUAAAUUAAUUGACGAGUUGCGUAGUAAACUACCCACCACGUCGAUCAUUAAAACGUCGAUUAACUCAGCUUUGAGUAGCGCGAGGAGGCCUAUCAAGUCAGUUUCCUUUCAAAAAGAUUCUUUCGACGAAGAAGAAUAUAGUCCAUCAAAGGAGCAACAACUCUCGCCGAAGGAGGAGAAAAGAACGACAGAAUCGUGGUUGGCGAUCAUCGGUAACCAACGUGGAGCUACUUCGUCGAAAGAAGAAGCGGUGUCUUGGAAAACGGAUGUUACUGGUGGUGGUUUGACCCUUCCCAUCCUGGCAUUGAUUCACGACAUUGAAGAGCCGCUUGAUGUUCCGUUGACUGAUCGCGAAAAGAGAUGCCUGGCUGUGCCUAUUUGUGAUUUACACGAUAAAAAACGGAAGUUAUUGAAAACUCGUAAUACGUCAUCACGAUCUGGAAUAGAAAGACAGAUAACAUCUAUGAAAAUAAAGAGAGAGACACAAGAAUCACCGAUAAUAAUCUCUCGAAAAAUCGAUAUUUCCGCACAACAAUCCAAAACAACUAUAAAUAAUUCUAUUGUGAAUGCAAAAACUACAUGUAUACUACCUUCGAAGGAAACUCUUCAUAUGCAAUCUAUCGAACCACAAUUUCAAACCAACAAAGAAAAGGAAUGUUGGCAUCUUUAUAAGAAAAUGUGUGAUAAAGGCGUUUGCGUUUCUUUUGAUACGGUUUUAAGGGGCAUGCUUACACCAACGGAAUAUCGAUUAAGACAGAGAGAAGUCUUACAAAAUUUAUGACAAAGUAUAAUCAUUUUUUUUCUUUUGCUUAUAUAUUGUUGAUACUUUUAUAAAAAGUUUUAUAAAAAGCUACAGUUGUUUAUUAUCUUUAUCUGAAAACAUAAACAGUAAUAUUAAAAUAAAACAAUGGAAAUGCUCGAAAUCGUACAAUAAUCUGAGCUUGUAAUUUAGAAUUUAAAAUAUUGUAUUUUUUUUAGAUUUUACGAAUUAAAUAUAAAAAUAUAAUUUGUAAAAAAUCUUUAUCUUUUUGGCGAAUAAAAUAUUUUUAGGGAAUCAA